GCGCUCGCCAGCCUCCCGCAGGUCGCCUACAUCGAACCCAACUACAAGGUCACGACGAGCGCCAUCGUCCGGCAGCAGAACCCGCCAAACUGGGGGCUCGCGCGCAUCUCGAAGCGCAAGCCCAACGUCAACAACUAUGCGUACGACGAGCGCGCGGGCGCAGGGUCGUACGCCUACAUCAUCGACACGGGCAUCUACACGGCGCACCCGGACUUCCAGGGCCGCGCCACCUUUGGAUACUCGGCGAUUGCCAACCAGACGGGCGACGGCAACGGCCACGGCACGCACGUGGCGGGCAUCGUGGGGUCCGCGACGUACGGCGUGGCCAAGAAGGCGCAGCUCAUCGCCGUCAAGGUCCUCGAGGACGACGGCACGGGCUUCACGGACGGCGUGAUCCAGGGCCUGCAGUGGGCUGUGAGCAACGCCCAGGCCCAGGGCCGCGUAAAAAAGUCCGUCAUCAACCUGUCCCUCGCCGGGCCCAAGUCCCGCGCCCUCAAGGACGCGACCAAUGCCGCCGUCGCUGCGGGCGUCUUCGUCGCGGUCGCGGCGGGCAACGCGAACGCACUGGUCAAGGGCUUCUCGCCGGCAAAUGCAAAGGACGCGUGCACCGUCGCCGCCACAGACAUCAACGACAACCGCGCCGACUACUCCAACUUUGGCAAGCUGGUCGACAUCUUUGCCCCCGGCACUGGCAUCGUGUCGACGUGGAAGGACGGCAAGACGGCCACCCUGAGCGGGACGAGCAUGGCCAGUCCGCACGUGGCCGGCCUCGGGGCCUACAUGCUGAGCAUCGCCGCGUACAGGACGCCCGAAGAGAUGUGCAAGUAUCUCAAGUCGAUCGCGACUAAAGGCGCGGUGAAGAAUGCGGGAAUCACAAAGAACAAGUUGGCGUACAACGGG